AUGAACACCAUCAGCAAAUCAGAGAAGAGGACAGAGAGCAGCAAUCAGGUGUGCAGAGUGCACAACCCACAGGUUCCUCCACUUUGUGCACCUCACUACUCCGAUACAGGCUCAGGCUGCACAGAUGAGCACAGAUCCUAUAAUAUGAUGGGCCACUAUCUGCGUGCAAAUGUCUUCCCAGGGCCCCCAAGUUGAUCAUCCCUGGUUAAGGACUCGUAUGCUCAUCAUCUUCUACCAGCGUUUAUCCAUGAUCCAGAGCACUGGCACGGCCACAAAACUCACUUAGUGAAAUGGACGGAGCAGAACUUUCUCGACAAACAACUGCAUAAGCUGCUGAAGGAAAUUGAGUUCAAGGGUGUGUCCAAAUGA